AUGAAGACAGAGGCCCGCAUAACGUCUGCAACAGACUCCGACGAUGAAAUCGACCCAAUUGUGGAAAAGUCGCUAUUGCGACGCCUGGAUCUUAUUGUGCUUCCUACGCUAGCGCUACUCUACCUCACCCAUACUCUUGACAGAGCAAACCUUGGAAAUGCGAAAACCGAUUCAAUAGAGAAAGACCUCCAUUUAGUUGGCAAUCAAUAUUCGCUGGUACUCAUCUUCUUCUAUGUCCCGUACGCUCUGUUUAAUAUCCCGGCUACUAUCCUCGCCAAUCGAUUCAGCCCUUCGAUUGUGGUCCCUCUGCUGGUGAUCGGUUGGGGUGCUCUAGCCAUGAUAACAGUUGCAGUCAAGAACUUUGGAGGUCUCCUCGCUUGCCGGCUUAUACUCGGCAUAAUGGAAGCGGGAUUCAUGCCCUGUGCAACAUUCUAUUGUACACUAUUCUAUACACGAAAAGAACUUGCAGUUCGCCUGGCAGUCUUCUAUAUCAUGGGGUAUAUUGCAGGUGCAAUUAGUGGCUUGAUAGCAUGGAGUACAUUCCAAUGGGAUGGGGCAUUAAAGGGAUGGCAAUAUCUUUUCCUGAUUGAGGGAGCAAUGGGCGUUGGGACUGGUGUUUGGGCCUUUAUUGUGCUCCCCCGGGAUAUCCAAUCGUCAAGAUAUUUCACACCGGCUCAAAAAAUCUGUGCAGCUCAACGAAAGGCCAACGAGGUGUCUGUGGUCUCAUGGACUCAGGGACUCACUAUAUUAAAAGACGGCAAGCUGUGGAUCUUCGCUGCUGCACUAUUCUUCUGCGGUGUUGGGUCUAAUAGCAGCUCGAAUUUCCUUCCAGUCAUGGUCAAUCGCCUAACAGAUAAUUCUGUCAAAGCUAAUUUGUACACGAUCGGCCCAAAUCUGUUCGCGGCAGUGAAUAUGUCUGUACUAGCUUGGCUCUCCGACAAAACCCAGCAGAGAGGCUAUUUUACCAUAUGGUCAAUAAUCUGGGCUCUUAUCGGCUGGGUCUUAUUUGCUGCUCUGGAUGUGACUAAACAGGUGAACGUCGGGUAUUUCUUCACGUUCUUGAUAGUCAGCGGAACCUUCAUUCCUGUCUUGUUCCUCCCGGCAUGGAUCAGCGCGAAUAUUAAAGUGACUUCAGAGCGCGCAGUGGCUCUCGGGCUGAUGUCAAUGUGCCAAAACCUUGGCGGCAUCGUUUCCUCGGGCGUGUACCGGUCUCAAGACGCGCCCAACUACCGACCGGCUUUAAUAACUGUAUCAUGCUGUCUUUUUGUGUGCCUCGGACUCUGCACCUAUCUGCGAUUCGCCUAUGCUCGACUGAACACGAAGUUGGCCGACUCGGAAAAACCCGAUCGCCUCCCGGCUGGAGAGAAAUACAUGGUUUAA